ACGUCAUGACGCCUCGUUUCCAAACAAUGCUCAGGAAAAAGCCACGUUGACUGUCCAGAUUGAAGUGUAGUCGUUCGUUUGGAGCAGAAACAAGCAGCUUUUGUUGUUCGGUGUCUCAGCAGACGUGAAAUCGGCGCGGACAUGUCGACAGAGCCGAAGGAGAAAGUGGAGACCAAAGGAGGACACCCCCCUGCAGUAAAGGCAGGAGGGAUGAGGAUAGUGCAAAAGCACCAGCCCACUGCUGCUGCUCCUGAACCACCGCCGAAAGAUGAGGAUGAAGAGGAGUACGUCAGCAGCAGUCCACCAAAGGCCCCCGUGGUUGUGUCUGGAGUGAUUACAAAGGGUGAUAAGGAUUUCACCCCUGCUGCUGCCCAGGUAGCCCACCAGAAGCCCCAGCCAGGUGUCCCAAAGCUGCCGCACAGCCAGCAGCACAUCAAACAGCAAAUCCACCAGCCUCGCAAGUGAGCCAGGCCUCAGGCUCCAAGGGCUCCGCUAACGCCACCAGCCAGCCUUCCCAAAGGAACACAGAAGAUGAAGAUAUUCCCCCACCAGCCUCAGGUCCCUGCUUAAUAAUCAGAGUUCUUUUUGUUAGCUUGCUGCAUUAAAUGUACAAGGAAAUAAUCUCUUACACACAUCCACUGCCUUUGUAGCUGUUUUAGAGGAUCUACUGUUUACACCCCUGCUGCAUCGUGCUGCACUAUCAGUUCUGCACUUUUAAUCCUCUCCUCAUGAGGGAUUGCUUUGACCGUUUUAUAGUCUUAAGUUGGUAUAAGUGGAUCAUCUAAAAUGGCUAUCAUUGUAGGAUUAAACAUUACUAUUAUCAUAGAAACUGAUCUGAGUCUGUGGGGGGAAGCCUCAUCCCAUCCAUGAGCUGGUCACAUCACAGCAAACCAGCCAACUGACCAACCAAUCACUUCACAGUGAUGAGCCCGAGCUCCAGCCUUCUACCUAUGAUCUUCACAGACCAAAAAGAACCAAUCAAGAGGUGGACAACAACAUAACACAAUCAACACAAACCAAAAAGACACAGAAAGCAGCUUCUGAAUGACAAAACUCAGUUCAACUUUUGUAUCACCAAAACUGAAUCCACAGUGCAAAAGCAUGGACCAGAGAGAGCCAUUAGGAUUCCAGCAUUUAGCAACAAUUAGGACUGCAGUGAUUGCAUGACUUCAAAUUGACCCUUUGUGAAACCCUGACCUUACCAGGAAGUGUGAAGCCCAGCCCUCAUUGUUCACUGUCACCAGGUUGGACAAAUCUCAUGUUGUCAGGAUCCUUCCUGUUUGAAUCAAGAGAAAAUAAUCCACAAUUUGACUAACUUUUACAAAUUCUCAAUUGAUCUGAUCUUUUAUAAAUCUGGAUUCAGUGAAAGGAUAAAGACUGCUACUUCUGCUAAAGCUAACUUAGCUUUGUGGCUAACGUGGUUAAAAGCUAGGCCCAAAAAACAGCUACUUAAACUGCAUAUCUACAUUAUAUAUGUAGCUGAGUUAUCUUCCGCUGCCUUUGCUAAAGUUAACUUAGCUAUGUAAAAUCUCACAAAGCGGCUAUGUAAACUACAUAUCUUCGUCAUCUUACGCUACUUUUGCUAAAGCUACUUUAGCUACACUGGGUUAUGUAGUAAUGUUUAUUGCAAAGCUAGCAUAGCUUUGUUAGUUUUAGCUAAAGAUAACUUAGCUAAAGCGAGUCACCGUUCAUGUAUCUACUGCUAAAAUGGCUCUAUACUUUACGUUAUCCCGGAUUAGACUUCUGACCUUUUUCUCAGUUUUAUUUAUGAAAUGUUGCUUUGUCUGUAAUGAUUGCUAUGUGGUUAUUUCAUGAAUCUAACUGCCAGAGUUUGUGUAGGAAUAAUGUUGGAUUUUAAAAACACUCUAAAACUGAAAAUACACUGUGCUGGCAAAUGACAGCGCUUCUGUUCUGAGAUAUACAGCAUUUUAGAUGAACAUCUGUGAGAGUGACCAUCAGAGAGGAACGGUCUGCAGCCAGACUUGUCUUGAAAGGUUUUUCUAUCUGGUGUUAGCCCAGUAACAGUUGCAGUGAGAGAGGGCUCCCUGAUUGGUGGGUCAGCGGACCAAUCAGACAACAAAGGGUCAAUUUGAUGUUUUCUUUAUAAAAGAUACCAAAAAAGAUCCAGUGUGACUCUAGCUAAGUGUGCUGCUGAGAGCAGUAAAAAAACAAUGAAUGACACCACACACUUGGAGAUAAUUAACAAAUAAUCAGUGCUUCAAGCCUUGAAUCUGACCACAAACUUGACAACCAGGGGUCCAAAAGGGGCUUGAAUGGUCUAGUCUGUAGUCAGCCUUAAUUCAACAGACAGAAGCCUUGCCCUCUGCUCUUAUCUGCUUUGUUGGUGCAGUCAUCAUUGCUCCUCCUCUUCAAUCUUUACAAAUGAACCUGCUUCAUUGUAAAAGUCUCCAGCUGUGUCUCAAUGGUUAGACUUCCAACAUCUUUUUAAAUCUAAUUCUGCUCAGACUUACUUUAUUUUGCUUCAUACCAGAGUCUACAGUGACCAACAAGGGCAAAAAAUUGGCUUUGUCUGAAACGGCACAUAUGGAAUACAGAAAUUCUGCAAAUUAAAAAGCACAUGCCAAGGUCCAAAACAAAUGCAACAUUUGAACUGCACUGCAGAUUUUGUAUCUUUCAUGUACUUGCAGUGUUUAUUUUUGGACAUUUGUGUGUACUUUUUAAUUCAUAGAGAGUUUCUGAGUAUGCUUUGUGUUUAUCUUAUUGAAAGUAGUUUUAGCAGGAGCUGAUCCUUUCCCCUUGUCAGCCACCGUACAGUCAGCUGUAACCAAAAUAAAGCCAGAAAUGCAAUGAAAAAUGUCUGGUAAGAAGCACCUGCAGGAUCCUUUAUGUCUACACUGACAAAAUGUUGAACAGCAGAAUGAAGACUUUGCAACACAGCCUCACAGGGCAGCAGUUCAGAAAAAGUAGCUUUCAGCUGUCAGAUAAAGGUAAUCGCUGUACAAAACUGGUGAUUUUGACAUUCCAUGGAAAACUGUUGUAACAAAUAUGUCAACAGUAUGACAGUGUACAAAGCUAAUCCAUUUAUCUCUGCUUGCAAAGAAUAUCUGCAGAAAGGCUCAUUUCAUAGUAGAAGUCUGUAUCAACCCCAGAAAUCCACUUAGAAAUGAUACAUAUCAACACAUACACGAGCACCCUUUAUCCUUAAUCACCCAUCCCCUUACACUCAAGUGUCGAUGUUUCAACACUAAUGUUCAGGUCUCUAGAAAGAAAGAGUUUAUCUUACCAAGAAGGAAUAAUUUCCAAUGCUAAUUUAAUUAAGUUUAAAAGAGAUUUAUUUUUUGCUUUUUCUUUGGUUCAUAUUCUUGAGUAAAUUGUUCAAAUUGUAUAAAUCUUUAGUCAUUGAGUGGACUUAGGUAUUAGGUGUGGUUGUCAUAGUAAAUAAAGAUUUAAACUAUCUUGAUAAAA